UGGCUACCUGAGCUUAGGUUAACAAGGUUUCCAAGGUUUUUUUCUUCCUUACCUCUUGUUGAAAUUCCGCGCAAAAGGAGGGUGUAUUCAUGGAAUCGAUCCUGCUACAUCGUUAAUCCCUCUCCUUUCCUCUAUCCGCAAAUUCCUUCCUCCUUUUUUCCCUUCUCCUAAAUCUGAUGGCAACCGAGACACUAACCGAGUCCCCUCGUUCGCAAAGGUUCGAGUCUCAUGUGGCGUUCGACAACAUACCUCUCGGCGAGUCAACUGAGUACAACCCGAUCUCGUUUACUCUCAAUUACCGACAUGCCGGUUUUCAAUUUCGACGGCGACAUCGCACCUUUAUGGUCGGCGUAGACGAUAAUUCGUACUCGGAUCACGCUUUACAAUGGCUUUUGGAUGAGCUAGUUGACGAUGGCGACGAGAUAGUUUGCGUCCGCGUGAUCGAAAACCAGCUUCGCCUUACCGAUAAGGCGUACCAAGAAGAUGCCAAGACCUUGAUGGAAUCAAUUCAGUCGAAAAAUACGCAAAACCGAGCGAUUGGUCUUGUUUUAGAAUAUGCUGUCGGAAAGUUACAUAAUACGUUUCAGCAUCUUAUUAAAAUCUACCAGCCGUCGAUGUUGAUUGUCGGUACGAAAGGUAGAAGCCUUGACGGUGUCCAAGGAUUCCUCGUGAAUCGUAGUUCAUUUUCAAAGUAUUGCUUGCAAUAUUCGCCGGUCCCUGUCGUUGUCGUACGUCCGAACGAGAAGCGUGAGAAGAAAAAGGCGAAAAGAGCGCAUGAUCCUUCAAGGCAAAGUUAUGCGCAAAUGCUCUUGGGACAACCGCACGAGGCCGAUAGCGAGAAUAGUAGUGUAUACGAGUUAGAGCCCAACUUGACUCAGGACGAAGAAGCGCACCGUGUCGCAGUGGCUGUUGGAUUACCGGCGGCGUAUGACCCGACGAUCAAGCCCAUCGACCCUGCUAGUUUCCUUAAGAACUAUGGUCGCCGAUCCACGCCCGAGGUGUCUACAGAGACCCUUGCGAUAGUGAACAAAGGAGGUCUGCCUGCCGAGAAGAAGUCGCCGGGUCGUGAAGAGUCAGACUCGGACUCUGAAGGGGAAUUCGAGGCCACACCAGGUGAGGAACUGCUUAGAGAGCGACUGCACAAGAUGGAGUUAAAUGAAGGAGCCGCACUCAGAGCUGAAGCUAGGAAGAUGAGUUCUGGAUCUGCCGACAGUGACGAAGAUCCCCCGGGUGGUGGAGGUGCUAAGACGUGACGCAACUGUCGUACAUGAGGAUUCCCGUAUAACACACCUUCUCUUCCUAUUCCUAUCCCUUUUCCACCUAAACGGGCUAGAGACCGUCAGCGUAACAGCAUGAUAGGUUCGGAUGGAUGGUCGAUAUAUUAGUUUCCCCAGCGUCGUCAGCAUCGAUUAUUUAUACUCAUAAGGAAGCAGCAAGCAUGCACUUGCAACAGAAAUAAGCAGCAAAUAAGGCGUCGAAAAAUCAUAUUACAGCAAGCAAUUGGAGGAAUACCCCAGGUUGGAA